GCUAAAUCCCUUGUUUAAAAUUGGUCAUCAACGGAAAUUGGAAGAAGAUGAUAUGUACUCAGUGCUUCCUCAGGAUCGCUCGAAACAUCUUGGAGAAGAGCUGCAAGGGUACUGGGAUAAAGAAGUUUUAAGAGCUGAGAAGGAUGCACGGAAACCCUCUCUAACAAAAGCAAUCAUAAAGUGUUACUGGAAACCUUACCUAGUUUUGGGAAUUUUUACGUUAAUUGAGGAAGGCACCAAAGUCAUCCAGCCUAUAUUUUUGGGGAAAGUUAUUAAUUAUUUUGAAGACUAUGAUCCUAACAACACUGUGGCUUUGCAUAUGGCUUAUGGUUAUGCCACUGUACUGACUGUGUGCACAUUAAUAUUGGCCAUUCUGCACCACCUGUACUUCUAUCAUGUUCAGUGUGCCGGGAUGAGGCUCAGGGUAGCCAUGUGCCAUAUGAUUUACCGGAAGGCACUGCGUCUUAGUAACCUGGCUAUGGGGAAGACAACCACUGGCCAGAUCGUCAACCUGCUGUCCAACGAUGUGAACAAAUUUGAUCACGUGACAAUCUUCUUACACUUCCUCUGGGCUGGCCCGCUACAGGCCAUCGCGGUGACCGCCCUGCUGUGGAUGGAGAUAGGAAUAUCGUGUCUCGCUGGGAUGGCGGUUCUGAUUGUUCUUUUGCCUUUGCAAAGCUGCAUUGGGAAGUUGUUUUCAUCUCUGAGGAGCAAAACUGCUGCUUUCACGGACACGAGGAUCAGGACCAUGAAUGAAGUUAUAACUGGCAUAAAGAUAAUAAAAAUGUAUGCUUGGGAGAAGUCAUUUGCUGAUCUCAUUACCCAUUUGAGAAGGAAGGAAAUUUCUAAGGUUUUGAGAAGUUCCUACCUCAGAGGGAUGAAUUUGGCAUCGUUUUUCGUUGCAAACAAAAUCAUCCUGUUCAUGACCUUCACCACCUACGUCCUGCUGGGCAAUGCCAUCACAGCCAGCCGGGUGUUUGUGGCAAUGACAUUGUAUGGGGCUGUGCGAUUGACAGUCACCCUCUUCUUCCCCUCAGCCAUUGAGAGAGCGUCAGAGGCAAUCGUCAGCAUUCAAAGAAUCGAGAACUUUCUAUUACUUGAUGAGAUCUCACAGCGCAAAACCCUGCCACCGCCAGACUGUAAAGCCCUCGUGCAUGUGCAGGAUUUCACUGCCUUCUGGGACAAGACAUUAGAUACACCAACCCUCCAAGGCCUGUCCUUUACUGUCAGACCUGGUGAAUUGUUAGCUGUGAUCGGCCCCGUGGGAGCAGGCAAGUCUUCGCUCUUGAGUGCCGUGCUGGGGGAGCUGCCUGCGAGUCAGGGGCUGGUCAGCGUGCACGGAAGAAUUGCCUACGUCUCCCAGCAGCCCUGGGUGUUCUCAGGGACUGUGAGGAGUAAUAUUUUGUUUGGGAAGAAAUAUGAGAAGGAGCGCUAUGAGAAAGUACUAAAGGCUUGCGCUUUGAAAAAGGACUUACAGCUUUUGGAGGAUGGAGACCUGACCGUCAUUGGAGAUCGAGGAGCCACACUGAGUGGAGGGCAGAAAGCGCGGGUGAACCUUGCGAGAGCCGUCUAUCAAGAUGCAGACAUCUACCUGCUGGACGACCCGCUCAGUGCUGUGGAUGCAGAAGUCGGCAAGCACCUGUUCCAGCUGUGCAUUUGUCAGACAUUGCAUGAGAAGGUCACAAUUUUAGUGACACAUCAGUUGCAGUACCUCAGGGCUGCCAGCCAGAUUCUGAUAUUGAAGGAUGGUGAAAUGGUGCAGAAAGGAACCUACACUGAGUUUCUGAAAUCUGGAGUCGAUUUUGGGUCCCUUUUAAAGAAGGAACAGGAGGAAGCGGAGCCGUCUCCAGCGCCUGGGACUCCCACGCUGAGGAAUCGCACCUUCUCAGAGUCUUCCAUUUGGUCUCAGCACUCUUCUAAACUUUCUUUGAAAGAUGGCGUCCCAGAGGGCCAAGAAAUGGAGGAUGUCCAGGUUGUGCAGUCUGAGGAGAGCCGUUCUGAAGGAAAAAUUGGUUUUAAGGCCUACAAGAAUUACUUCACAGCUGGCGCCCCCUGGCUGAUGAUCAUUUUCCUUGUUCUGCUUAACAUGGCAGCUCAGGUUGCCUAUGUCCUUCAGGACUGGUGGCUUUCCUACUGGGCAAAUGAACUGAAUGUCACUUUAAAUGGGGAAGGAAAUGUAACGAAGCAGCUAGAUCUUAACUGGUACUUAGGAAUGUAUGCAGGUUUAACUGUAGCCACAGUCCUUUUCGGCAUAGCCAGAUCUCUGCUGGUCUUCUACGUCCUUGUUAAUGCUUCACAAACUUUGCACAACAAAAUGUUUGAGUCCAUUCUGAAAGCCCCAGUGUUGUUCUUCGAUAGAAAUCCAGUCGGGAGAAUUUUAAAUCGUUUCUCCAAAGACAUUGGACAUAUGGAUGACUUGCUCCCCCUGACAUUUCUCGAUUUCAUCCAGACAUUGCUCCUUGUGGUCAGUGUGGUAGCCGUGGCCGUGGCGGUGAUCCCCUGGAUCGCAAUUCCCUUAGUCCCCCUCUCCAUCAUUUUCCUGGUUCUCCGGAGAUACUUCUUAGAAACAUCAAGGGAUGUCAAACGCCUGGAAUCUACAACACGAAGUCCGGUAUUUUCCCACCUGUCCUCAUCCCUCCAGGGGCUCUGGACCAUCCGGGCUUACAAAGCAGAAGAGAGAUGUCAGGAGCUGUUUGAUGCACACCAGGACUUACAUUCAGAGGCUUGGUUCUUGUUUCUGACAACGUCACGAUGGUUCGCCGUGCGUCUGGACGCCAUCUGUGCCAUCUUUGUCAUCAUUAUUGCCUUUGGGUCCCUGAUUCUGGCAAAAACUUUGGAUGCUGGGCAGGUUGGUUUGGCCUUGUCCUACGCCCUCACGCUCAUGGGGAUGUUCCAGUGGUCCGUGAGACAAAGCGCUGAAGUGGAGAAUAUGAUGAUCUCCGUGGAGAGGGUGAUUGAAUAUACAGACCUCGAAAAAGAGGCACCUUGGGAAUGCCAGAGACGCCCACCCCCAAACUGGCCCCACGAAGGAGCGAUUGUCUUUGAUAAUGUGAACUUCACCUACAGCUUGGAUGGGCCUCUGGUACUGAAGCAUCUGACAGCACUCAUUAAGUCAAGGGAAAAGAUUGGAAUUGUGGGAAGAACGGGAGCUGGAAAAAGUUCCCUCAUCUCAGCUCUUUUCAGAUUGUCAGAACCUGAAGGGAAAAUUUGGAUUGAUAAGAUCUUGACAAGUGAAAUUGGACUUCAUGAUUUAAGGAAGAAAAUGUCAAUCAUACCUCAGGAACCUGUAUUGUUCACUGGAACUAUGAGGAGAAACCUGGAUCCCUUUAAUGAACACACAGAUGAAGAACUGUGGAAUGCCUUAAAUGAGGUACAGCUCAAAGAAGCCAUCGAAGAUCUUCCUGGUAAAAUGGAUACUGAAUUGGCAGAGUCAGGAUCCAAUUUUAGUGUUGGACAGAGACAGCUGGUAUGCCUUGCCCGAGCAAUUCUCAAGAAAAAUCGGAUAUUGAUUAUUGAUGAAGCAACUGCAAAUGUGGAUCCAAGAACUGACGAGUUAAUUCAGAAAAAAAUCCGGGAGAAGUUUGCGCAUUGUACUGUCCUGACAAUUGCACACAGACUGAACACCAUCAUCGACAGUGACAAGAUAAUGGUUUUGGAUUCAGGAAGACUGAAAGAAUAUGAUGAGCCAUACAUUUUGCUGCAAAAUACAGACAGCUUCUUUUACAAGAUGGUGCAGCAGCUGGGCAAAGGAGAAGCCGCGGCACUCACUGAAAUAGCAAAACAGGUGUAUUUCAAAAGAAAUUACCCAGAUAUCACUCACCCUGGCUCUGUGGUUCUGAACACCUCCAAUGGACAGCCUUCCACCUUAACUAUUUUUGAGACUGCACUGUGAUUCUUCCGAAAUGUUGUCUGUUUUGAAGUCAUUUGGGCACCAUUGGAACUACAUCGAGCUUUUAUUUUAACUCUAGCAGCAAAUAUUUACACAUCCAAGAUGGUUUGUUUGCAGUUUUCUCCAACUUCAUCCAUUGAUGAAACAAUAACAAAUAACACAAUGGCCUGUUAUUUUUAUCUAAAUGUUAUGCUUACUCUUUACAAGAAAAAAAAAAUUCCAAAUCAGUGCGGAAAGUCUCCACAAAAGGUGUCUGCCGUGUUUUGUGCCUUAACAGACUUGAAAACCAAAGCCCAUUGACUUUGUAAGGAAUAAUAGCACAAAGUUGACAUGAGUUGGCUCCUCUCAUUGUCCAGAACAGAACAUAUUUGUUUUUCAAGGAUCCUGUUUACUUGAAGACUGUGUGAAGUUGCCACUUUGUCUCACUGCUUUUUUCAACCAGGAUCCAUGAUUUCCCCAAAGCCCUCUGGUGAAAACAGAAAACAGGAAAAAAAAAAAAAAAAGGAAAGAAAUUCAUUAGUUUAGGUGACAUAGUAGGGAGAAUUACCUACCCCCUAAAAAAAAAAGAUAUAUGGUUAAAAUAUAGAAGGACAAAAUUUCAUUACAUGGUCUCAGGUGAUUCAGUAGAAAUGGCCGCA